AUGUCGAAUCCAUUCCCUAGGAAGGCAAAGAUCAUUGGAGGUGUAAUUACGGAUAUCACUGAAUUUCCAUUCGCAAUUAUAAUAAGAAAUCCGGAUAAUCGAGUUAGAUGUGGCGGUGCGAUCAUCAGUAAUAAACAUAUUUUGACAGCAGCUCAUUGUGUCGAAGACUCGAGCGUCCGUUCGAAAUUAAAAAUAGUCACGGGAACAACGACUUUAUCAGGUUCCCAUAAAUCGGUGAAAGGCAACAUUGUGUUUAAUAAAUAUCAAAAUAAAAUAGAUCUCCCAUCGAGUAAUGUCGAUGCUGGUAGCAACGCAAUUGUUGUUGGUUGGGGACAAGUAAAUAAGAAUGUAACUAAAGAUUCGGAAGAAUUGAAUAAAGCUUGGAUGACGGUACUUGAUAAUAAGGAAUGUGCAAUGACUCAUCCGUUUCAUAUAGCGGAUGAACAACUUUGUGCAUAUCAAAAAGUAAACGUUGGCCUCUGUACAGGUGACAGCGGCGGUCCAUUGGUCAGUAAUGGUAAACUCAUAGGCAUUGCUUCGUUCGGUCUCCCAUGCGCCACAGGUAUAUCCGAUAUAUAUACCCGAGUUUUUUCUUUCAAAGACUAUAUAAUUGGCGUUAUGGCUAUUGAAGCUUAGAAGUAAAUAUUGUAAUUUUAAAA